AUGUCAAAUAGAAAUAGUUUAAGUUUAAAUAUUAGUUGUGAUAAAUUAUUAAAUUUAAAUCAAAAGAAAAUACCAAAUCUUGAAACUUAUUGUUUGGAUUAUGUAUUAUCAAAACUUGAUUUAUUUAAUAUUGAACAACAAUAUACAAAUGAUAUUAAAGAGAAAUUAUUACAAAGAAUGUUAAGUUUAUAUCAAAAUAAAUUUACAAUUAAAAAUAUACCACAACCACAACCAACAAUACAAAGAGUUGAACAAUUAAUAAAUUUUGAAACAACAUCACAUUUAGAUUUAUCAUCAAUUAAUAUGAAUAAAUAUAUACUUGGUAAUAAUAAUAAUAAUAAUAAUAAUAUAAAUAAUAAUAAUAAUAAUUUAAUAAAUUCUUUUUCAUUUUUAAGUAAAUGUAAAAAAUUAACAAAUUUAACAAUGUCUGGUCAAUCGACAAUAACAUCAGAUAAAUUAUUACCAAUAUUAGAAAUGGUUGGACAUUCAUUACAAAGAUUAGAUUUAAGUAAAUGUCCAAGAUUAAAUGAUACAAUAAUUCAUUAUAUUUCAUUUUAUUGUCCUAAUUUAGAAUAUUUAAACCUUGAAGAUUGUAUCGGUAUAUCUGGUGCAGUUUUUCAACGAGCUUCGACUUAUGAUAUUAAAAAUAAAAAUAAUAUAAUAAUUAAAUUAACCACAAAUAGUAAUAAUAAUAAUAAUAAUAAUUAUAAUAAUAAUAAUAAUGAUAAUAAUAAUAACAAUAAUAAUAAUAUUUCACCAAAUAAUAGUCAAAAUAAUUUAAAUAAUUUAACAUCAACAUCAACAUCAACAAUAAUAACACCAGUAUUUAUGAAUAAAAUGUUAAAUUUAAUUGAAUUAAAUUUAUCAGGAUGUAAAAGUAUAAAUCCAAAGAAUUUAUAUUGUUUAAAGACAGCAUUUCCAUCAUUAAAA